AAAAAAACACGCGUGUCCGUUGGGCUGAGCUAGCAGGAGCUGCGACAGCAGCCGCAACGCGGCACCAUGCUAAUUACAGUCUCGAUUGUCAUUCAAGGAUUCCUUCUGGGCUUGGCGCUGUUGGUCAUCGUUCUUCGAUGCUGGGCUCGACUUCGGUUCGAGAGGGCGUCGCUUACCAUCUCGGAGUAUUUUGCCUGCAUCGGCUGGUUGUUCGCGCUGGGAUGGUUCAUCUGCUCGACCGUCGCUUUGCGGAUUCUGAUAAAGCAUCCCGCGGUUGGCGAGGAACUUGUUGUCAAUAAUGUGGCAUACUUGAAGACCGUCUUCAUAGCCGAAUACUUCUUCGACAUUGGAAUUUACUGGCCUAAGCUGUCCAUCACCACGUUUUACUGGUUGUUGAUACCCCGGAUUUUCCGAACUCUGAGGAAAGCACUAUACGCAAGCACGGCGUAUCUCGUCUGUUGCAUGAUUGCAGCCUUCCUAGUAGUCACUCUAAUAGCGCACCCUAUCUCGAAUAAUUGGUCCAUUGAACAUCAGUUAGACUCGGCUUGGAAUUCCUAUCCUCUUUUUGUCGUUCAAUGGUGUCUUAACUUUUCCACUGAUCUGCUGCUCUUUUGCUUUCCGUUCUUUCUUCUUCCGCACUUGAAGCUUCGCCGAGAACAAAAAAUCGGUCUUGUCGGCGUCUUUUCCUUGGGCGCCAUCACUUUGUCAGUAAGCCUUGGACGCUUUAUCGCGUACAAUGUGACGGAUUUUGACCUUGAUGAUUCGUCUGGCAACACCCUGUGCACUGCCGAGAUGACCACUGCCGUCAUUGUCGUCUGUCUCCCUGGUCUGAAAAAGUUCAUUACGCGGUCAAAAACCCCAACAAACACAACAGAUCGCGGCGACGGUUCACAGUCUGGAUCUGGACAAAUGUCCAACAAGCAUGCAUUCAAGUCGCGGUCAACACCACAAGCUUACGAGGAAUGGGGCGUAAGGGAUGAUGAAAUCGAACUGGUAGCUAUCGGAAAAAAGUCGCAUUUUCGAAGUACAGAUAUACCGGACGGUCGAGACACCACUGUAUGAGGUGAUGGGCACUAAUGUGUUGUUUUUGUUGUGAUUCGAGCACAAGCGGGCAAUGGUUAUGAUACCUACGUUUUUUUUACUGCGGUUUCAAGCUGCAUCCAACCUUUCUCUCUGACAG